UCUCCCUGCCUCAGUCUCUGGUGGCGUUUCCUAAACUGAAGCGUCAGGUUGUGUCCUACGACCCGCCGGUGACGUCGCCGAAAGACUUUGACGAGGGAACGUUGUUCUACGUCAACCAGGAGUUCUCCCUCAUAAAGAACUCGAAGGUCCAGAAGAGAGGGAAGAUCAAUCUGAUUGGUCGACUGCAGCUCACCACGGAGCGAAUGAGAGAAGAGGAGAACGAGGGCAUCGUGCAGCUCAGGAUACUGAGGACACAGGAGGCCAUAAUCCAGAUCAUGAAGAUGAGGAAGCGCAUCAACAACGCUCAGCUGCAGACGGAGCUGGUGGAGAUCCUGAAGAACAUGUUUUUACCACAGAAGAAGAUGAUCAAGGAGCAGAUCGAGUGGCUCAUCGACCACAAGUACAUCAAGCGGGACGAGACGGACCUAAACACCUUCAUCUACAUGGCGUAGCACUUACAUUCUGUUACAAGUCUGCUAAACCCCGGACCUGAUGGACUCUUCCAGGAUCCCCGUCCUCUAUUUAAAAAUAAGGCAAACGUUUUAUUUAAAGAGUAAAAAGACUUCCUGCCUUACGGUUGUACAGAGAUGACAGAAGUGGUUUUUAAUGCGUCUGCUGUCCAGAUGAAGCUGUCUAAUGUGUGUUUUUCGUCAUCUGGAUCGCUGCUGAAACACUCCCCGAUCAAUGCAAGUCUUCAAAGGCAUGUUGGCAGGAAAGAGGGGGAACUCAAAAUACCUGCAGAACACCUGAACCCUGAACUCCUCUCCGUGCUUUCUGCACAUAAUCCCGACGUUAAGUGUGUACAGAGCCACGUAAACACCUCACAGGUUGCAGAACAGAAUAGCAACGAAUCCUAACUCCUGCUUCUGUUGCCGGGUAGAAAAGAAAUUAUGAAAUCAGU